ACUUGGUCAUGGUCAACCCAGAGAUCGCUUUUCCCCCUUAAACCCUACUCCAGCCUGCCGGGGGGGUUUUUCAAAGCAGCUUCCUCCUCGGCCUCCCUAGGGUUUCCUCCUCCCGCCCCCUCUCUCUCUCCAUCUGCAAAACCAAUUCAAUCUCUGUAAUUUUUUUUCCCCAGUUUCAAUUCUCAAAUCCAGAAACCCUAAAUCAAUCAUAAAUAUUUCUCUACAGAAGCCUCUCUCUAGAUAAUGGCAGGUUCAUCAAGUUCUUCCGAUGAAAAGACCCGUCUCUACCAUCCCUACCAGGACCUCCAAAUCCCUGUCAAAAACCUCUACAACCUUCCCACCUCCCCCGAGUACCUCUUCCACGAAGAAGCCGCCGUCCAGCGCCGUUCCUGGGGCGAAAACCUUCAGUUCUACACCGGAUCCGGCUACCUCUCCGGCGCUAUCGUCGGUGCCGUCAAGGGCUCAGUCGACGGCCUCAAGGCAGCGGAGACGGGCGACACCCUCAAGCUUCGGAUCAACAGAGUACUGAAUACGGGUGGGCAUACGGGUCGCCGGUUCGGGAAUUCGCUCGGGAUUGUUGGGUUGAUCUUUGCUGGUUUAGAGAGUGGGAUCAUACACAUGAGGGGUUCUGAUGAUGUGUUGAAUAGCGUCAUGGCAGGGUUGGGGACCGGCGCUUUGUAUCGGGCUGCGGCUGGCCCGCGGUCGGCAGCUAUUGCUGGGGCAAUCGGAGGGUUGGCUGCUGGAGCUGCAGUAGCCAGCAAGCAGGCGAUCAAGCGAUAUGUGCCAUUAUAAAGUGAUACUUCUGGUGAAGUUCUAUGGAACCAUGUUUGUUUGUGGUGUGGAUGGUGAGGAUUAUAAGGGUUUGGGGAUUAAAGGGGCUUCUGGGCAUGGCACUGAUAAGCAAAACAGGGGAAACCAUAGAAAUUUUUUUAGGGCAACAAUGGUGUGUUGUGAUCUACUCGAUGUUUUAUCCUGUUUCGACUUGCAACCAGAAUAAUUUCGAGGCUGGGUGGAGGAAGUGAAAUGAAGGAAUGAGCAGUGAGCUGUAUGGUUCUUGCCUUCUUGGACUCCAGUUAAAUGCAGACUAACCCUAUAGUAAUGUGUUAGAAAUUUUUAUUAAUCAGUGCUUGGGAGGUUGAAGUACAGACCUUGAAUUUGAUUUUGGAUUUGUUUCAUAAGUUAGAAGUUAGAAGUUAGAACCUUGCUCAUGAUAUAGAAUUGAUUUUUAUAAUUUGACAUAUUAGGCAAAUGGUUUGUAAGCUCA